AUGCAAAUGGUGGAGAACUUCCCGUACCUGGGCAGCACACUCUCCUUUAACACCAACAUCGAUGCCGAAGUCACUCGCGGGAUUUCAAUAUCCAGUAAAGGUUUUGGCCGCCUCCAAAGCACCGUUUGGAAUCGUCACGGUCUGCAACUGAGCACGGAGCUGAAGAUGUACAAUGUCGAAACUGUUGUACGGAGCGGAGACAGUGUACACAAAGCAGGCACGUCUCAGUUGUUUCCGUCGCAUCCUUAAGGCUGAACUGGCAGGAUCGAAUCCCCGACACUGAUGUUGCGGAACGGACGGAAAUCCUCGGCAACGACACUGCGCCGAGACAAACGCAGCUGCGUUGGAGCGGUUACCUGGCGGUCAUGAACGACGAGCGACUACACAAACGACUCUUCUACGGAGACGUCGAGACGGCUUCUCGCCGCCAAGAAGGCCAAAUUCGCCGUUAUAAGGACACUCUGAAGUCCUACAUGAAGCGCCUGCAAAUCAACACGACCAACUAG